CGCCUGCGCAGUUCAGAAAGGCCGAGCGAGAGGGCGCCUGCGCGGCUGCGGCGUAAGAGGCUGAGGCGCUGGCCGCCAUGGAGCCUAUGGAGCAGCUGAGCGAGUUGGUGUCCGCCGAGGGCCGAAACCGUAAGGCGGUGCUAUGCCGGCGUUGUGGCUCCCGGGUGUUGCAGCCGGGGACGGCUCUCUUCUCCCGCCGGCAGCUUUUUCUUCCCUCCAUGAGAAAGAAGCCAGCUCUGGCUGAUGGCAGCAAUCCUGAUGGUGAUCUCCUCCAGGAGCACUGGCUGGUUGAUGAUAUGUUCAUCUUUGAGAACGUGGGCUUCACCAAGGAUGUGGGCAACAUCAAGUUUCUGGUCUGCGCAGACUGUGAAAUUGGACCAAUUGGCUGGCAUUGCCUAGAUGACAAGAAGAGUUUCUAUGUGGCCUUGGAACGGGUUUCCCAUGAGUAAUUGAGGGGAGGAGGACUCAGCUGCACCCCAACUGUAAAAGCUACUCCCCACAAGAACUGGCAUUUAACCUGGUAUAACUGUUCUGCUGCCACAUUCUCUGUACCAAUAUAAACUGAGUAUCAAUAUGUCCAGUUGAACAUGCAGAGAGCUAACCUUACUUCCUUAAAGCCUCAACUGAAUGCCUCUUGCUUAGUUCACUUGGCAUCACAACAUUUCCUAAUCUCUCCUUUCCCCCAGUUUUAGGACACUGGGAUACUUCCACAGAUCUUUUCCCUGGCAUUCUGCCUGCGCUUUCUCUUACCCAGGGGCUCCCUAGUUUCUUGCUCUAGAAGAGCAAUAUUCAACCUUUUAGCCAUGAUGACACGUGACAGAUGAUGCUCAUGUGCUGAUAGUUGAAACCACCUUUUUCUCUCUCAUUCAAGAAAGCAUACAGGUAUCCGAGAGUGACUUUGUUGUAUGGCUAAUUUUAUCUACAGUAAUUUAUUGUUUUUAAAAGUAAAGCAUUUACAAACUUCAGUAUUUAAACUACGAAUCAGAAACACAUUACUUUGGACACACCUCUAAUACCAUGUUUGAGAGCCUCUACUCCAGGUUGAUAGUGACUUUUUAUUGUAAAGAUGAACGUGGCCCCUCUUCCCUUCAGAUCUUGAUGUGUUUUCUCUUCAUAUUAGUCCCCGCUAUUGCCUGUUAAGUUGAGAAUCAGAUUUUCAUCCCCAUCUGGCAGCCACCCCAAGGAAAACUCAGCCCUGGCCGUUUUCCCAGGAUCUCUUGGAAUCAGAGUGGAGGAUGUGGGAUAUAGGAGAGAUAGGCCCUUGCCAUAUUAUCCAUGAGUUUAUAGGUUUGUCUCAUUUGGACAAAUAACUCUUCUUUUGUUCUUAGGAAAGAAAUCUUUAAUGGAUAGUGUCAUCAUUUACUGAACCUACUGGGCAUGGUCUUCACAGAGUUUGGGUUCCACUGGAAUCUCUAUACCAAUCCAGAAUACAAACUUUCCACCCAGAUGCCUCUAUUUCUACAGCUGUGGGGUUGCUCUGUUUGAUAUUAGCCAACUUGUUUAACCAUUCAAUAUGAUCUUGAGUUGUUCUGUCAUUUCUCUUCUGAAAUGACUUACCAUCUUAAAAGGAAUCUGUAUAACCAGGUUUCAGGUAUCCUUCCAUCAUCCCUACCUCUAAGGUUCAGGAGACCUAGAAUUGAAAUAAGGACUAAAUAGAGACCCUACAAUCUGCAGCCCAUUCUUUUGCAUCUGUUUUCUGGUUGCUUCCUCCUUCCUUCUCCCCAGAACUUACUCUAAGGGCUCCCCAACUAAAGUGCAGACCUUGGGCACAAUUUUGCAACCAACCUACUCCCAUAGAAAGGUGGCUUCCUUCCUCAGUCAUAGCCUCAAUGAGUUAUAGUAGAAAAUGAGAAAACUGUUUUCCAGACAAACGGUCAAAUGCUAUGAUUAUGGCAUUUGCAGAAAAACAUCUGUGAGAUUUAUUCAUUCAGGUCAGAAGGAACAAAACCAAAUAGAUGCCUCUAGGGGCAUAUGGCCCCUCAUAUAAGCCAAAAUCUAGGCAAAGCAUUUUUUAAAAUUAGGCUUUUACUUUUCUUUCCUUUUUUAAUCACAGAAAUAGUACCCAUUCAUUGCAAAUACAAAAAUGA